AUUAGGAUUUAGAUAACUGUUAAUAGUGGAUAUGGACACACAAGACUCAGCGGGGGAUGAUGGGAAGAUGGAGUGUGAACAGAUUCUACAAGAUGAAGCGACAUCUUCAGAUCCCCCCUCCACACCACUCCAAAGUGAUCAGACAGUAGUACUGAAACAGUUUAGAGACAAAGCUCCACGUGAAAGAAGGAAUAAAAGGUUGAGACCAGAUGAGGCAACAUCUCCAGCCCCUUCCUGCACAUCUCUACAAAGUGAUCAGUCAAUGGAUCGACCGGUAAAGUUCAAAGAAACAACUCUAGAUAUAAGGCUGAGACAACACGAAGCAACAUCUCCAGCACCUUCCUGCACAUCUCUACAAAGUGAUCAGUCAAUGGAUCGACCAGUAAAGUUCAAAGAAACAACUCAAAAUAUAAGGCUAAGACGAGACGAAACAACAUCUCCAGCCCCUUCCUGCACAUCUCUACAAAGUGAUCAGUCAAUGGAUCGACCAGUAAAGUUCAAAGAAACAACUCAAAAUAUAAGGCUGAGACGAGAUGAAGCAACAUCUCCAGCCCCUUCCUGCACAUCUUUACAAAGUGAUCAGUCAAUGGAUCGACCAGUAAAGUUCAAAGAAGCAACUCAAAAUAUAAGUUGUAAUUGCUUUUGA